UCCUCAUAGCCGUUGGAGUUUGUGUUUCGAAAAUCGAAAACACAAAGAAAAGAAGAAGAAGAUGAGUGGAUUGCAAUCCAACGCCUCGGCCUCCUGUUGUUGGCUGAAGCGGAAAAGGCCUCCCAAGAUUGAGAUCCCUACCGUGUUGCAGGAGAUUGAGAUUCAGCCCCACAAACUUGAACUCGCCACUCCCCCAACCGAUACUGUAUCCUCCGCUGGGAAUGAUUUUGCAGAUCAUGUGGGGGUUUUCUCCGUCAAGGGCAAGAAGAGGUUCAUGGAAGAUACUCACAAGAUCAUUCCUUGCUUGGAAGGCCACUUGAAUGAUGCUUUUUUUGGCGUUUAUGAUGGCCAUGGGGGCAGGAAGGCGGCGAAUUUUGUUGCACAAAAUUUGCACAAUAACAUACUUGAUGUGGUGGGCAAUUGUACAAGAUCUGCAGAGAAGGAGGAAGCAAUUAAAGCCGCUUUCUUGAAAACAGACCGAGACUUCUUGGAUCUGGGUUUAGGCAGUGGUGUCUGCUGUGUCACAGUUCUGAUACAAGGAGAAGAAGUUAUUGUUUCCAACUUGGGAGAUUGCAGGGCUGUUCUUUCUAGAGGUGGAGUAGCUGAAGCAAUAACAAAAGAUCAUAGAGUAGAACACGAGGAUGAACGAAAAAGAAUAGAAAACAAGGGUGGAUAUGUUGAGAUUCAUAAGGGGGCAUGGAGAGUUCAUGGGAUUCUAUCUGUUUCUAGAAGCAUUGGAGAUGCUCAUUUGAAGGACUGGGUGUUGGCAGAGCCUGAUUCAAAGGUCCUACUUCUAAGUGAAGACAUGGAGUUUCUUGUUCUAGCUACUGAUGGGCUAUGGGAAAAGGUUGGAAACCAAGAGACUGUUGAUGUUGUGACACGACUGAGGUUGAUGGAUAAAAACUUUGGACUAUCAAAAGGUUUCGUGAGAAGCAUGAGCCGUGCUCAUUGCUCUGUGAAUACAAGUCCAUCAAAACUCCGGAGAGUUUCAUUAGUCGUGCAACAGAAAGGGGUGGGCAAAUCUCCAAUCUGUGAGAAAUCAAUUGACGGCUGUGAAGAAGGUGAAUAUGACUAUUCUUGUGAAAUUGAAAGUCCAGGAUCCAAAUCAAGAAGAAUAUCAUUGGUCAGACAUAUGAAGAUGAAGACGGAAUCUUCACCUAAGGAGAAUAAUGGUUGCUACAGAAAGAGACCCACUUCCAGUAGACUUGUGGCUGCUUGUAAGGAGCUUGUAGAUCUAGCUCUGAGUAGGGGUAGCCUCGAUGACAUUACAGUAAUGAUUAUCGAUUUAAGUCACUUUAGAUGCAAGAGUCAAUCUGAGAGUUCUUGUAACUUGUAAGUUUGUUUGAUCUGGAGUUAGCUCUGGAUAAUAUUUACUUUGACAUUGUAUUGAUAGCCGUAAAAUGAUGUACAAAAAUCUGAUUUGAUUCUUUAAUUUUAGUUAUGUAAGCACCAAACUGGGUUGAAUCUGGUUCUUUCA